CCGACGACUCAGGAUGGACCGGGACAAAUCUGAACCGUGCCUUUCCAAUCCCCGGAUCCAGUCUCGCUCCCAGCACAAGUCCUUCCCACCCAGCCGCUGCCCGGGGCGGCAAUCCGUCGAGCACCAGCCGCGCGCGCUCCACUCCGCUGCUCCUGCAGCCGCCGCCGUCCAUGGCGUCCGCCGCGCGGGCUUUGGGUGCGUUAAUCCACAGGGCCUCGUCGCUGUCCUCCUCCGCCUCCGCCCUCAGGAGCGCCUCCCUUGUACACAGGAAUGGCCCAACUGGUGGCGCCAGCUUGUUCCAGGGGCACGUGGCUAGGCGGAGGAUUUCGACGUUCCAGCCGCUCUGUAUGGGGCGGCGCUCCUGCAAGAUCGCCGGGAGGAAGGGUGCUCAGAAUUUGAAAAAGAUGAAGCGCAACAGCAAAAUCGGAAAGGAAAUCGUUGCUGCCAUCAAGAAGGGUGGUCCAAGUCCUUCGUCCAACACAGCUUUAGCAGCGAUACUAGAGAAAGUAAGAGAGCUUGAUGUCCCCAAGGAAGUUGUUGAGCGUAACAUCAAAAGAGCUUCAGAAAAGGGUCAGGAUACUUACACAGAAAAGAUUUAUGAGGUCUAUGGUUUUGGUGGAGUAGGUAUGGUCGUUGAGGUCCUUACAGACAAAAUUACAAGAUCUAUUGCGGAUAUUAGAAAUGUUGUAAAAGACUGUGGAGCAAAAUUGGCUGAUCCUGGGUCUGUUACAUUCAGAUUCAGACAAGCUCGAGUGGUUAACAUAAAAGUUACAGAUGCCGAUAAGGACCAACUACUCUCUGUUGCUUUGGAUGCUGGCGCCGAUGAUGUUAUUGAACCAAAUUUUGAUGAUGAAGAUGACUCUGAAGAAGAGGUUCUAGAGAGGUUUUACAAGAUAGUUACUACAUCUGAAAACUAUCCUGUUGUGCUAUCAAAGCUACAAGAGGAAGGGCUGAAAUUUGAAACGGAUAACGGUUAUGAACUGCUGCCUCUCAAUCCGAUUGAGGUGGAUGACGAGGCCAUGGAACUUAACAAGGACCUUGUAUUUAAGUUGCUUGAAUUGGAUGAUGUUGAUGCUGUCUACACAGACCAAAAGUGAGUGAAUUUGGAACCUACAGGCUCUCUCAACUCUCAAGACGCUACGCGAUGACUCCAUUUGGGUAGGGCUUGUUUGCAACUUUGCGUCCAUUAAGGAUUUCUUAUCAGCACUGUUUGCGCCGAUUACGACGCCUGCACACAUAAACAUCAGCUUCAAGUAUCCAAAAUGAAAAUUGGUGAACACAGCAGUUUCCUUUUGGGGGUACUUUUCCCCGCAUUCUGCCGUCUCAUACUCAGAGUUUUUACCUUACGUUUGUUGUCCCUGAUCUCUUCACCUUGUCAGUGUCUCAGUGAGCUGCUAGACGCUGCUCAUAUAACGAAUGUUGUAACUGCAUCUUUUCAUGUGAUUGUAAGCAAUACAAGUAAAACUGACCUAUGCAUGGACUUCGGAGGCCUUUUUUUCGUCCUA